AUGGCCGGCGCCGGCGGACGCACAUUCCGGGACAACAACCUCCGUCCUUUCUUCCUCUUAACCCCUGAACUUGAAUUUCGAGUGAAAUUGGGAGCUGUGAAAGGUGUGUGGAUCAUCGGCUUCUUGCCGAUGAUGUACGCAUCACUCUCUCUGCUGAUACUCGGCUCAAUAGGAAAGCUAAUGGUGGUAGCAUCUGGAGCUGUAACAAGCCACAACCCUCAAGGGAAUUGGGCACAUCCAUCACUUGCCACACUUGAUGGUUUCACACUUGAUGGUUGCCCCAAGAGAUGUGGCAAUCUGAGCUUCGAGUACCCCUUUGGCAUCGGAUCAAGGUGCUCUCGGGAUCCUGACUUCAACCUCAUUUGCAAUGACACUGCUCAGCCUCCCAGGCUCUUCUUGUGCGACGGAAUCACCGAGGUGAUCGACAACAUCGUUGCUGGUAGCGGUGGGGAUUACUACCACACUCACAAAAGCAUCAGUACCUCCUUCUGGCGUACCAUCCCCAUGAAAUCUGGUGUCCAUGUCUACUACUUGUCUUUCCAACCUCCUGGUAGAUCCUUCAGCCGUGGGGAAACCAUUCUGAACAUCACUGGUUGCGACCUGGAUGUGUAUUGGGUCAACAGCAACACACACAGAACAACAUGGAUCUGUACGACUGUGUGCCCGCCGGACCAAGUUAUCACAGAGACCAUGGCUAGGCUCAACUGCAGUGGCAUCGGAUGUUGCCGUUUUCCUAUGACAGGCCUGCUUCCUGUUGCUUUUCAGCUCAAAUUUGUCCACCACCACGGCAAAACUAGCACCGGAACACGCUCAAACCAGACCUCUAUGCUGUGGGAUAGAAUCAGCAUAAGUGACGGUGGCGGCGGCACAGUUUUGUGGAAUAUAGUGGAUCAACAAAAUUGUGCUAGCGCCGUGCGAAACAGGACAGCGUAUGCUUGUAUCGGCAAGCAUUCCUUGUGCGGCGACUAUAGCGUGACAUCAACCGACGGCUACAACUGCAUCUGCAGUGCCGGCUAUGCAGGCAACCCCUUCAUUCAAGAUGGCUGUUCCAGAGACAAAGGGUAUAAUCCAAUUCCGAGCAGAGCUAAUUGUACCCGUUGGUGUGGUAACAUUAGGGUGCCAUACCCAUUCGGCUUAGAAGAGGGUUGCUUUGCCAGGGAACAAUUCCAACUCAACUGUUUUUGGUCAAAUUUGACAUCAUCAGCUGUCCUCAUGUUUGAGUUUCAAGAGGUAAUGAACCUGAAUGUUAACGAAGGGACCAUUAAGGUAAGAUCUUACCAACCACAAUACGAGAUAUUUCCAGGGCCUCCGGUUUUUGUUCGACAUGGCUACAUCCAUUCUAUGGAGUGAGUUGCAGCUAAUCUAAGUUGCGUAGAGGCCCAACAGAAUAUAUCUGGUUAUGCUUGUGUGAGUAUCAAAAGCAAGUGCUUGGCAUUAAAUGUUGAAAUUUACUCUGGUCAAAGUCACUACAUUGGUUACCGCUGCAAAUGCUCAGAUGGCUUCCAAGGAAAUCCAUACGCCAAAAGUGGAUGUCAAGAUAUUAAUGAAUGCCUUCAACCAAACAUCUGUAAAGGGGACUGCCAUAAUAUCGAAGGAAGCUUCUAUUGUACCGAUUGUCCUCACAAUACUGAGUACGAUCUAGACAAAAUGCAGUGUACAACAACGGAACGACACAUUCUGCUUUCAGGUAUUUUCAUUGGGUUGUCUGGUGUUUUCGGCAUUCUAGCUCUGAGUUUUAGUGCAGUACUUUUAAUUCAUAGAUGGAAAAUAAAUGUUCAACAGCAAUUACGGAAGAAGUAUUUUCGGAAGAACCAAGGUCUUCUUCUAGAAACGUUGAUAUCAUCAGAUGAAAGUGCAAAUGACAAAACAAAGAUUUUCUCGUUAGAAGAUCUAGAAAAAGCAACAAAUAACUUCGAUCCUACACUUAUCAUCGGCUCCGGGGGGCAUGGCAUGGUUUAUAAAGGCAUAUUAUCUGAUCAGUCUGUUGUUGCAAUAAAAAAGUCUAAGGUCAUCAAGCAGUGUGAGAUUAGUCAAUUCAUCAAUGAGGUUGCAGUCCUGUCUCAGAUAAAUCACAGAAAUAUUGUAAAGCUCUUCGGAUGUUGUCUUGAAACGGAGAUUCCACUCUUGGUGUAUGACUUUGUAUCCAGUGGCUCACUAUCUCAAGUUCUUCAUGCUGAUUCAAGUGAUGGUUUUUCUUUGUCUUGGAGUGAUUACUUGAGGAUUGCCCUGGAAACAGCAGGAGCUCUAUCAUAUCUCCACUCUUCAGCUUCAAUAUCAAUCUUCCAUCGUGAUGUGAAGUCCUCAAAUAUUCUCCUGGACGAGAACUACACAGCUAAAGUUUCAGAUUUUGGUGCUUCUAGACUGGUUCCAAUUGAUCAAACACACAUUGUUACCAAUGUGCAAGGUACAUUUGGGUACUUAGAUCCAGAGUAUUUCCAUACCAGACAGCUGAACGGGAAGAGCGACGUGUACAGCUUUGGUGUGGUACUUGUGGAGUUGCUUCUCAGAAUGAAACCUAUUUUCACGAGCACAUCAAGCACCAUACAGAACUUGUCAAGCUACUUCCUCCAGGAGUUUCGUGAGGGAGGGAUAACAGGUAUUGUCAACUCUCAGAUCCUCGAGGAAGCAAGUGAGGAAGAGAUCAACAAUGUUGCCAGUAUUGCUGAGGCAUGCUUAAGACUGCGCGGUGCAGAAAGACCCACCAUGAAACAAGUUGAGGUGAAAUUGCAGAUUCUACGAACCAAAAGGACGAAGUUAUUCCAAGUGGAUCCAAUAAAUGAAGAACAAAUGCAGUCAAGAUUACAAACUCGAAGAGCUAGAGUUGCUCUCCAGUCGUCUACGAUGCAUUUGGGUGACAGAAUCAAGUUACGGUCAAGAGACAACCAAUGA